UUUUAGUUGAACCAAUGUGCAAAUUAUGAUUUCGUGCCUUCGGCUUAGUCUCCCUCGCCUACAGCCGUUAUGGUGCUUACUGGCGCUCGGUAAACACGACGCCCAUUUUCCUUGAGUUUGUCUUCUUCGAUAAUCCGCACAAUCACGGUAAAGGUUUCAGUCUCACUGACGGAGCUGAGAUGUAUGACACCGCUAUGGUUAAAGACCGGCUAUGCAUCAUUACUAAACAGCGAUGACCCUCGUUAGAUGUAACCACUGGCAAUCGACUACUCUGAUGAGGAAAUGGCGUCGCGAGGUCUCAUCACUAUGCUCGUCCGAAAGAUUUCCAAUAACAAGAUUGCGGUGGUCCUUGGCUGUCUUACUGGAACCCUUCUAUGGAUGUUGACGUCCGGAAUGGUCAACAGUAGCCUGAGUAUGACAGCAAGUGCUUCUGCAGCUGUAAACAGGGAUGGAUCGCUGAUCGGUAAGCAACUCUUUCGGAGGGGAUACCAAUCGGUACUAGCCCAAGGGUGCAUCAAGAAUGUCCUCAUUUUCGGGGACGUGAAGGACAUGGAGGAGUGGCCAGAGCUCCAGGCUAUUACAAAGAUUCGGCAAAGGGAAGUUGGCGGGGCAUGGAAUGGGCAGAUCGAGUGUCCCGCGUACGACUGCAAUAUUUCUCUCACGGUCGGCGCCAACGUGUCUCUGACAGACAGGAUGGACGCCGUGGUCUUAGGCAUGCUUCCCAAGGUUUUCAAAACGCACCUUCGUGAACUGGUUCAGGUCGAGCCACCAACGGGACAGACCUGGGUUUACUUCAGCACCGAGACGCCUUUCAGGGUCACCGUGUGGUCCAAGUCGCUGGCCCUGCGCCAGUUGAAGUACCACAAGAUGAUGACAUACAGACGAGACUCCGAUGUCUACCUCCCGUUUGGCUACUAUAGAGAACACCAACCCAAUGUGAAUCGGAGAGUACCCAAAUCACACAACCACGCACAGGGUAAAGACGGCCUCAUUGUGUGGAUUGGCAGCAACUGUUUUGAAGUGACGUGGCCACGCAUUCCUUUCAUAGCAAGACUUCGAGAGUUGCUACCUCUUAAGACCUACGGCAAAUGCGGGGAGCUGUCCUGCUAUCCUCAACGCUCCGAGCGCUGCAAUAUAGCCAUGCGGCGAUUCAAGUUCUACCUAGCCCUGGCCAACAGCGAAUGCCGAGACUACAUCACCGAGAAGUUCUGGGCCAACUCCCUUGGUUACAACAUCGUGCCUGUCGUGUACGGGGCACCCCGAGAGGACUUUGAGAAGGUCGCACCACCCGACUCUUUCAUACAUGUCAGUGACUUUCCAUCCUUGGAGUCCCUGGCGGAAUAUCUAAUAUUCCUUGACCAGGAUGACAAGCUCUACAACUCGUACUUUGAAUGGAGGAAGCGUGGGGUGAUUGGUCAUUCGUUCCCCAUAACUCCCACCACCAUGUGUGAGAUUUUACCCCAUCUCUAUAAUGGAACUGAGCAGGAAGUCAAACGGAUAGGAGAUUCCCAGUGGUACAAUGGCUGCCGCAAACCUGUGCAAUCUGUCAAUGGAUUUGUAGUUGAGAGGCAGUAUGCCCUCUACGACGCUUGGAGACCAUGGAAACUGUUGGACAGCCGAUAAAACGUGGGGUUCAUCAACUAAAUCUUGUACCGAAAUGGAUUCCACAAGACACGUAAGAAUGGUAUAGCUCAUUUCAGCUGAUAUAUGGUAUCAUUUAUGAUAUCGUUUCUGCUGCCAACAAGAGACACAAUGCGUGAAAAUUUUCUACUGAUUUUCAAGUGAAUGUGUACAAUCAUCUGUCGGCAGCCUGUGUACAACUUUUCUUGAUAAGAGAGGAAUGUACAUAAGCACGCGUCAAGCCUGGAUUCCCACCGAAAACUAUCCUGACAGGGCAAGACAUUAAAAGACAGAGUAACGAGUUUAGAGAGUAAAAGUCACUUCAGUGAACUGAACUUUGUAUCUGUCGAUGCAUUACAUACAAUGACAGUCACAGGGCUGAUUUUUAAAAAGCAUUUAUACUCUGUAAUAAAAGAAAACCAAUUAAUUCAGAAUGACAAACUGAAAU